UUCCUAACUAUAAAACCACUCCCUCACUACCUUCUUAAAAAACCCUUUUGUUUUCUAUUUUCUCUCUCCUCCUCGAUUCUCUCUCUUCGCCGGAAGCACACUUUCUCUCUCAACAAUGGCGAAAAACUCAAACUCUCAGAAAAAAUCAACAACCGAAAUCGAGAGCAUAUUCCAGAAAUUCGACGCAAACGGCGAUGGAAAGAUCUCAGCGACAGAACUGCAAUCUCUGUUACAAGCCCUAGGAUCGGAGACGUCGUCGGAAGAGGUGAAGAAGAUGAUGGACGAGAUGGACAAAGAUGGCGACGGUUACGUCGAUCUAAGGGAAUUCGAGGAGUUUCACGCCGGAUCUGGCGGCAAUGCGGGGUCCACUAAGGAGCUUCGAGAAGCAUUCAGCUUGUAUGAUAAGGAUGGCAAUGGUAAGAUUUCAGCGCGUGAGUUGUACGAUGUGUUGAAGAGUCUUGGAGAGAAGUGUUCGUUGAAGGAUUGUAAGAAGAUGAUUCAAUCUGUUGAUGCGGAUGGUGAUGGUCAUGUUGAUUUCGAGGAGUUUAAGAAGAUGAUGGCCGCUUGAUUUAAUCGUUAAUCUAGAGAGAGAAAGAGUCUAUGAAGAGAGAGAAAGAUGUUACGAGGAGGAUUAAUUGUGUAUAGGUGAUGAUUUUUACUUUAAUUAUAACUUUUUGCUUGUUAAUUAGUGGUUAAUAUUCUACUAAUUAAUGGCUUCUUAACGUGAUUAGGGAUCUAAUUAAACGUAUUCUUGUGAAUACAGUUUGCUAACUGUUUUUAGUUUAAUUGUUCUCUAAUGAAUUAGUUUUUGUUUUA